UGGAGUCCUGAGGUUCAGGAGCAUGAAGACCAGGAACCGGAACUGGAAGUGGAAGUUGGACCAACAUUGGGAGUUCGCAUCAGGGCUCCUAUUCGGGAUCCGGACUGCAGUCUCGGAGGAGGAGGAGGAGCUGCAGCCGUACCCAGCCCUGGCCCCCGUGGCCUUCUUCUGCUUAAAGCAAACAACAAGGCCUCGCAACUGGUGUCUUCGCGUUGUCUGUAACCCGUGGUUCGAGCACUUUUCCAUGCUGGUGAUCCUGCUCAACUGCGUGACUCUGGGGAUGUUCCAGCCCUGUGAAGACGUCACCUGCCAGUCAGAGUGGUGCCGCAUCCUACAGGUACUGGACGACUGUAUUUUUGCUUUCUUUGCUGUGGAAAUGGUCAUCAAGAUGGUGGCCCUGGGAAUUUUUGGCCCCAAUUGUUACCUUGGUGACAAGUGGAACCAACUUGACUUCGUCAUCGUCAUGGCAGGGGUGAUGGAGUAUUCUCUGGAUGGCCAUAAUGCCAGUCUGUCAGCCAUCCGUACCGUCCGAGUGCUCAGGCCAUUGCGGGCCAUCAACAGAGUACCAAGUAUGAGGAUCUUGGUGACACUGCUGUUGGACACCCUGCCCAUGCUGGGAAACGUCCUUCUCCUCUGCUUCUUUGUCUUUUUCAUCUUUGGCAUCGUGGGAGUCCAGCUGUGGGCGGGGCUACUGCGCAACCGCUGCUUCCUGGGAGAAGACAUCAGGACAAUGUACAACUUGUCCAUGAGUCCCUACUACAUGUCCGAGGAGGGUGAAGACAGCCCAUUUAUCUGCUCGGCUCCCCGCGAGAACGGGAUGCUGCGCUGCCACAGUUUGCCGAACCAAACAGAGGGCGAGGCCGAGUGCUCAUUGGCCGCUCCCCACCAAAGUUCAGCUCUGAUCGGAAUGGGCGGGGCCAGUGUUAACGGCUGUGUUAACUGGAACCAGUACUAUAAUGAGUGUCGCCCCGGAGACCUCAACCCUCACAAGGGAGCUGUCAACUUUGACAAUAUCGGCUAUGCUUGGAUAGCCAUAUUCCAGGUCAUCACACUGGAAGGAUGGGUAGAUAUCAUGUACUAUGUCAUGGACGCUCACUCCUUCUACAAUUUUGUAUAUUUUAUACUGCUCAUUAUCGUGGGCUCUUUCUUCAUGAUCAACUUGUGCCUCGUGGUCAUCGCCACCCAGUUCUCUGAGACAAAGCAAAGGGAGAACGCCCUGAUGAGGGAGCAGCGUGCUCGCUACAUGUCAAAUGACUCAACGCUCGCCAGCUACAGCGAACCAGGCUCAUGCUACGAGGAGAUGCUACGCUACAUCAGCCACCUUUAUCGCAAGUUCACACGCAGACUGCAGAGGAUAUACUCUGGGUGGCACAGUAAAAGGCGUAAAAAGGUGAAUCCUAACGGCGGUGGUGGAGGCAGCAACGGUGGGGGUAACGGACACGGCCACGGCUCCAGCAGGGGCUGCGGAGGCUUAGGCCCGGGUAGCGCUUUGUGGUUGAGACCGAUCCAUAACCUUCUGCAGCACCAUCAGCACCAGCACUGUCGCCUCAGCAACGGUGGGCAGCACACCAUCACCGUGGCAACCGCCGAGCACACGGAUGGAGAAGGAGGGGAGGAGCUGGAGAUGAAGUCGCUUCCUGUCCGGAGAGGAAGUACAAAUGGAAAUAACAGUGGCGGCCCGUCGGUUGUCACCCAGGGCAUGGGGGCAUUGCUCGGGCGUCUGAACGGGGGGAUGAACUAUCCGACCAUACUGCCGUCGUUUGUGUGCAGCUACAGCAGUAAGACGCCGCCCCCCCACUCCCAGCAGUGUGGGCACAGCCCAGAGCAGCACCCACCAAACCACCCAGCAUCUGAACACACAGAGACACUGAACAAGCUCUACCAGCUCAUGGGGCAACACAGUCGCCAGAGGCUGCUGUACCAGCUGGCAGGCGUGGUGCCCAGCCCUCUGCUCUUGGAGCUGCUCAGCUGCCCUCAGUGUGCCCGCAGCCUGGAGACCUUGGAGCUGGAACUGGGAGACCUGGAGGGAGGCAGGGGAGAGGCGGACGGACUGCACGACUUCCCCCAGGGGGGAGAUCUGAGAGGCGGACGAGGUCGGAGUCGACGACGAGGGGUCGUGGACUUAAAAAAUGGAGUUAUUCGGGCCUGGGUAGGCUUCAGGGAUAAACUGAAGAGGAUCGUGGAAAGUAAAUACUUCAACCGAGGGAUCAUGAUCGCUAUACUCGUCAACACUCUCAGCAUGGGGAUAGAGUACCACGAGCAGCCCGAGGAGUUGACUGAUAUUUUAGAGAUCAGUAACAUCGUUUUCACCAGCAUGUUCGUCCUGGAGAUGGGCUUCAUGCUGCUUGCUUUUGGAUUGUUUGGAUACAUCAGGAACCCCUACAACAUAUUCGACAGCGUCAUUGUGAUCAUCAGUGUGUGGGAGAUAAUUGGUCAAGCAGACGGUGGGUUGUCAGUCCUGCGAACAUUUCGUCUGCUGCGGGUUCUGAAGCUGGUUCGCUUCCUGCCAGCCCUGAGGAGACAACUGGUGGUGCUGAUGAAGACCAUGGACAACGUGGCCACGUUCUGCAUGCUGCUGAUGCUUUUCAUCUUCACUUUCAGUAUACUGGGUAUGCAUCUCUUUGGCUGUAAAUUCAGUCUUCGUAUGGAGAACGGAGACACCAUCCCUGACCGCAAGAACUUUGACUCUCUGCUCUGGGCCAUCGUCACUGUAUUCCAGAUUCUCACCCAGGAGGACUGGAAUGUGGUGUUGUAUAACGGCAUGGCCUCCACCUCUCCAUGGGCCGCUCUCUACUUUGUUGCUCUCAUGACAUUCGGCAACUAUGUGCUCUUCAAUUUACUUGUGGCCAUCUUGGUCGAGGGCUUCCAGGCUGAGGGUGAUGCUAAUCGCUCGGAGUCGGACGAUGAGAAGAAAUCAGACAACUUUGAGGAGGACGAGAAGGUGGAGCAGCUCAGAGACACUGAGCUAAAAAUGUACUCUCUGAUGAUGACAGCCAACGGUCAUGUUGACCCUCGCGGCUCGAUGGCUCCUCCGAUAAUCAUGCGUACUGCAGCCACACCCAUGCCCACUCCUAAGAGCUCUCUGGGACCCGAGUCCGUACUUGGAGAGGAGCUCAUGUACAGAGACGGGGUGCCUCAGUAUGGCGACGUGGGACUGGGGUUUUCCGAAGCAGGAAGCGGUCAUGCGGAUUCUCGCCGUGGAAGCUCCACCUCCAUGGACCCUAUUGCGUAUGACCAGCAUUCUCUGAGCCUCUCCAGUCCCGGCCGGCGCUCCCCUCUUCCUCCCCGCUCAUGGGGAAGCCGUCGCUCCAGCUGGAACAGUCUGGGAAGAGCUCCGAGCCUCAAAAGGCGAGACACCAGCGGAGAGAGGGAGAGCCUGUUGUCUGGGGAGGGAGGUGAGGAGGAAGAUGGCGCGGAGGGCAAGGGGGAGGCCGGGGGAAACGACAGACUACGUCCGGAGACCUUGGAGCUUCUGCAGGCGUCCACUCUCUCCCCUUCCGUAAUAGCGGAGUACGGUGACUGUAACGGGAGGACCCUGACCUACGACCCCAUCGUGAUCUCUGACCCCAAGGAAGACUCCUUGCCGGACGAUGACAUGGAAGAUGAAAGUUCUUUCUGGCACUGGUUCACAAAAGAGCUUCGUAACAUGAAGCCCCGCUGGUGCAAAGAGCAUGAAGACUGGAAUCUGUAUUUGUUCUCUCCAGAGAGCAUAUUGCGUGGGUGGUGCCAAAGUGUCAUCUCUCACAAAUUGUUCGACCAUGUGGUUCUGGUUUUCAUCUUCCUAAACUGCAUCACCAUUGCUCUGGAAAGGCCUGAUAUACAGCUUAACAGCCCGGAGAGAAUGUUUCUGAGUGUGUCCAACUACGUCUUCACUGUGAUCUUCCUGGCAGAGAUGGCCAUCAAGGUUUUAGCUCUGGGUUUCUGCUUCGGGAAGCAGACUUACCUCCAGUCCAGCUGGAACGUUCUGGACGGUUUGUUAGUGUUUGUGUCUCUGGUCGACAUUCUGGUCUCUCUGGCCUAUACUGGCGGAAACAGGAUCCUUGGCAUCCUCAGAGUCCUACGCCUGCUAAGAACGCUACGCCCGCUGAGGGUGAUCAGCAGAGCUCCGGGACUGAAGCUGGUUGUGGAGACGCUCAUCACCUCUCUCAGACCCAUCGGGAACAUUGUCCUCAUCUGCUGCGCCUUCUUCAUUGUCUUUGGCAUCUUGGGGGUGCAGCUGUUCAAGGGGAAGUUCUACCACUGUGAAGGUCUGGACACAAAGAAUGUCACCAACAAGUCCGACUGUCUGCAGGCCAACUACCGCUGGAUACGAAGGAAGUACAACUUUGACAACCUGGUUCAGGCUCUGAUGUCUUUGUUUGUGCUGUCCUGUAAGGAUGGCUGGGUCAACAUCAUGUAUGACGGGCUGGAUGCAGUGGGAGUGGACCAACAGCCUGUCAGGAACCACAACCCCUGGAUGCUGCUCUACUUCAUCUCCUUCCUACUCAUCGUCAGCUUCUUCGUCCUCAACAUGUUUGUCGGUGUCGUGGUGGAGAACUUCCACAAGUGCCGGCAGGACCAGGAAGAGGAGGAGACUCGCUUGCGGGAAGAGAAGAGGCUCAAAAUGAUAGAGAAAAAGCGCAGGAGUAAGGAGAAUGGAGGGGCUGAGGCCAAGCAGAGGCCUUACUAUGCAGACUACUCUCCCCUGCGUCUGUCCAUCCACACACUGUGCACCAGCCACUACCUGGACCUCUUCAUCACCUUCAUUAUCUGCAUCAACGUCUUCACCAUGAGCAUCGAGCACUACGAUCAGCCGCAGUAUUUAGAGGAGGUUCUGAAGUACUGUAACUACGUGUUUACCUGCAUCUUCGUCGUCGAGGCCCUGCUCAAACUUGCGGCAUUCGGCAUACACAGGUUCUUCAAAGACAGGUGGAAUCAGCUGGAUAUAGCUAUAGUGGCACUGUCGAUCGUGGGCAUCACUCUGGAGGAGCUGAAAAUGAGCUCGGCACUGCCCAUAAAUCCUACCAUCAUCAGAAUCAUGAGAGUACUCAGAAUAGCACGAGUGCUGAAACUUCUGAAGAUGGCCACAGGGAUGCGAUCUCUGCUGGAUACCGUCAUGCAAGCGCUGCCGCAGGUGGGAAAUCUCGGUCUCCUCUUCAUGCUGCUCUUCUUCAUCUACGCUGCGCUGGGAGUGGAGCUCUUUGGCAAACUGGAGUGCAAUGAAAAAAACCCAUGCGAGGGUCUGAGUCGUCACGCCACCUUUGAGAACUUUGGGAUGGCCUUCCUCACACUGUUUCGAGUGUCCACUGGAGACAACUGGAAUGGGAUUAUGAAAGACACGUUAAGGGAGUGUUUUCCACACGAACGCCAUUGUCUCACCUACCUGCCUUUGAUCUCUCCAAUCUACUUUGUCACUUUUGUGCUCAUGGCCCAGUUUGUGCUGGUCAAUGUGGUGGUGGCUGUGUUGAUGAAACAUCUAGAGGAAAGCAACAAGGAGGCGAAAGAGGAUGCAGAGAUGGAUGCAGAGAUCGCCUUGGAGAUGGCUAUGGAGAGGCAACGCAAAUUAAGCACAACCUCCAACAACAGUUCGGCGGGAGGAACUUAUGUUGGGCCGUGUCCAAAUUCACCUGGAGAGGAGGAAGAGGAAGAGGUGCAGUACGUUGACCAGAACCUGCUGUCGUCAAGGAAGAUGUCGGUAUCCAGGAUGCACUCUCUGCCUAACGACAGCUACAUGUUCCGGCCCGUGCGGCCCGCCAGCGCCCCCUACCCUUUGGAGGAGGUAGAGCUCAGUCCCCAGCACCAGCAUUCAGGCUCAGUGACGUCGGUCCACUCCCAGCCAUGUGAAAGUCGCGCGCUUCUGCAGGUACCGGACGUUUCCCCGGUUCACCCUCGCUCACCUCCCACCCUCACCCUGCCCCGUAUCGCCCCGCCCACUCCCAUCCCGUCCCCACGAGCCCUGCACAGACAGGUCGCAGUUAAUGGGGAUUCUGUGGAGUCCCAGAGUUAUGAGCAACAGGAGAGGCCCAACCCUGUCCGUCUGCCUCCCCUCUCCCCUUCUCCCCUCUCUGCUCAUGCUUCCUCCCCGUCUCCCCUGCCUCCUCCUCCUCCCUCCUCCCCCUCAGCCCUCUCUCUCCCACCCUUUCCUCUGCUGUCCUCCCCCUCUCCCCUCCCUCCUCUGCCAUCUUCCCCCCCGCUUCUUCUCCCUCCACCUCCAUCCCCCCGUCUCCCCUUGCGCCCUCCCAGCCUACGGAGACCUAGACCGCCCUCUCCUGUCUCCCUCUGCGACCCGGCAGACGAGGAGGUGUAUCACAUCACCAGCUCAGCCUGCCACAGAUGGAGAGACGAGGAGGGAGGAGACCGCAGCCACUCCCUCUCCCCAUACACCGCCUCCUCCUCCUCCCCUCCGCCUCCCCCGCUACCGCCUUCCUCAUCAAGGAGCGCGCUCAGCCUGCUUGGGGCGGGACUGACGGACCGUGACUUCAAGAAAGGUUUAAGCGUUGACAACCAGGCCUUCCUGGACGAGCCGCCGUCAUUGUCUGCUGGUUACGCUGACGACCAUCGGCGGCACUCUAUUGAGGUCUGCCUCCCACAGGCUGUCAUCACCCGUGAUGACCAACACUUUACACGCGAGGCACACCGGUCAGAAAAAGGUGGUCAGGUAUUUCCUGUGAGGGUGCAGUCGGUCGGGGGCGGUCACAGAAAGAAGAAGAUGAGUCCUCCUUGUAUAUCCAUCCACCCGCCCUCAGAGAGGGAACACCCCCAAAUGGCCUCACCCACAAAAAUGUCUGACUGCAGCAUGUUGCUGAGACGCAGGACGCCGUCCUACGACUUGUCCCCUCACACACAUGCCAACAUGCAAGACGCCUCUGCAGAUUCACUGACGCGCACACAGAUGCACUCCCCGAUGCACACGUCUCUCACACCCAUAAACGUACCGCUGCAAGCACACUCACCAACACACACACUUACACUCUCGCGGGCAUCUACUCCGACACACACUCAGGCAUACACUCCGCCACACCCAUCCACACCUACACUUCCACACAUCCCGAUCAGCCCGAACAUCUUCAUCCAGCCUCAUGCACCUCUCGUCCCGAUGCCUUUCUCACAGACGCACUCCCUCUCCCCUUCUGCGAGGCACUCCUCCCUCACAGGGGACUACAUCCCCCUCCCCCAGUUCACCUUCGAUCAACCACAGUCUAGAUACAUGAGCGGCCUGUCGGCCGGCCUAUCAGACACGGAUACGGCCACCUGCUCUUCCCCUUUCGACAACAGACUGGGAAGCGGUGCAGGAUUCAGUGCAAAGAACCGGAGGACCGCCCAAUGAACAACGGGCAUUGCCUGCAGGAAGUGAAUUAAUUGGUCCUACAUCUCUGAACCUUGGGUGACCUCAGCAGAGAUUGGUACACGGGAGAAAAUGAGAGAAAGAAGUUUACUGGGAGAGGAAUUUCUUUUUUUUGUCUUGAUGAAUACUGAAAACACAUGAAUUAUUCUUUCCAGAGAGACGCUGGUACAGUCCCAUCCUAGAAUAAUGAACAGUGGAUACAUUUUCCUGAACGCAGCUUGAAGGACAGCAGAUCCACUGAGGCUGUACCAGUCAAACAUUACCCACUGUACAUGGUGUGUUUGGGACUAAUACUAAUAACACACCAGGACUAAAGCCACCUAACUCCGUAGCCAAAGUUUUUAUUUGACACACUGUCCCCACCCACGCGAGCCAAUCAGGAAGCAGCGUCUGGCUGACAACCUCUGACAUUUUACAGGAAGCGGUUAGUGAAAUGCGAGCGUGGGGGGGAAUUGUGGGAUAUGCAACUUCAGGUUUUCUACAGAAGUUCUGCUUGCCCCUCCUCUGCUCCUCGAUCACAUUGAUCAGAGCAGUGUGUGUGUGUGUGUGUGUGUGUGUGUGUGUGUGUGUGUGUUUUUGUGUGUGUGUGAGCGUUUUCCUAUAUGCGAGUAUUGUCAAAUCCGUUGUCAUGGAAGUCGGCCAUGUUAUUCUUACGCCUGCAACGACAGAGAGGGGAAGCAGGGCAGAGCUGUAGUGUAUGUUUAUUUGUGUAUCUGUGCAGUGUAAAUAAAGGAAAAUACUGUAUUUGGUGAGAUUAAAAAUAGCUCUAUCCAUAUGCACAUAUUUUUAUAGAGAUCUAAAAUGUUUUUUGCACACAAAUUUGAAUUUCAAGUUGCUUGUUUUUCCUCUGUUGUCCUCUUGUGAAUGUAUGUUUCUUUUCAAAAACCGGAGAGAGCAGUGAAGGAGAUCAACCCUCCUUCUCAUCAGGCUAGCUGAGGUCGAGGAGUCGGAUUUUAUUUUUCUAUUUUUGAAAAAGAGAAAGAAGAGAACAGGGGUGUGAUGUGUUUCUGUAGCUUUGUCCCAGGUGUUAUGUAUUUGGUGUCUAAAUAACAGUCUUAGGAAGCGGGCUCAGUGAUGCAGGCCAAAUUCAUUUGAAGGUGUUUUUUCUACAUUGCACAGAGUACAGUUUAUCAUUUUGUGUACAUGUGUUGAGACUACUGGCUAAACUUGCGUGCUGUCUCUCCACACAUUCAGAUCUAAAUGUGGCUAUUAUUCCAAAAAAUAAAUCCAAAUCCAGUAGUGAAUUAAAUUAUACUGCAUUUUAAUGCAACACCAAAAAAAACAAACUGCUGCACUUCAAUGAAUUUAUUUAUUUGUCCAGGUAAAAUAUAAAACUUGCAGAUAGCUAAAUAUCUCUGUGAGCUGAAGUGGGAAAAUAUACAGUAUGAAAAAUCUCUGAGCCCCCCUUCUGCAGAUGUGUUCAAGCUGGAUCAGCUCCGACACCAGUGUUUCUGUACAUCUAAAGACAACCAAACUAACUAACUUACUAAAUAUGUGUAGCCAGAGUGCAAUAAUAAUAAUAUAUACCUGUGGAGAAUAUAGUAACAUCCACACUACAUAAAACAACCACACUCUUGUGUUAGUACAUACUGUAGAACUACUAUAUAUGAUAUAAACCCAUUUUUAUAUGAUCAUCGAGAGUAUUUAUAGCUCUAGUGUUACUGUAGGAACUUACCCCCUGGGUGAGGCUGUAAGCAGUGUUAGCUACUGUAGCUUUCUCUAAAAGAUCCGGGUCCCCCCCCCCCCGCUGAUGGUGUUUCUGUAAACAGAAGAGUGACGUGCAUCUCUGCUGAGGACUCAAUAACCCAUUUAGCUCCUCUCAAUUUUAUUUUCCCUUCCUGACCACCACAUUAGAUCAGCAUAACACGACACACCAUAUGUGUUACCUACAUAUCACUUCUGUUAAAAAGUAACCUUGAUUCAAUCAUGCAACCCCAAAGGUGUGAAUGACGAGCAUCUUCCUUCCAGUGAGCGAAUGUUUUCUUACCGAGCCAUACCUUUUAUUCCGACACAGCACAAUAUGUAUUUAAUUCUAUUUUGUGUGUCUGGUUAGGCACAGGUACACAAGAAAGAAGCAUGUUUGUAUUAACUAUUUAUGUACUACUGAUUACUCUUUUAAAGGCAGCUGGCUGGGUCGGCGUCUUCAUUUCUUUUGAUCAGCAUGUAAGAUGCACAACUCCUCAGUAAUCUGAGUGAAAAGUGCUUUGAUGCUGCACCAUGAUCACCACACGCCCAGUAUUUCAUAUACUAAAAUUGUAUUCAUCUUGAUAUGUACUGGCAACCAAAUUCAAAGUGUUUUUCAUUUAUUAACUGAGUGACAAAGAGUCUCUGGAGGUCGGUAAAAACUCUGAAAUAGCAUUAAACCACAUGACGCUUUGGACUUUUUUGAAUAACGAAAAUUGAAAACAUUUUUACAGAGGAUUUUUAUGUACAUUUUUCAGAUGCAAAAUUGGCAAUUCAUCACGCUGAAACUAGCAUUAAAAGCCUUUAAGGGUUUACCGACACCUGCAGAAACCCUUAACAACAAUGAGGUCAAAUUAUCAUCAGAUUAUCAUCAGAUUAUAAUUCUCCUUCAACACUCUUAUCACCUUUAAAUCUCCCAAGCAGUAUGCAUGUAGAGGGAAAAAUAGAGAGAUAAAACAUAAGGCUAAAAGAAAAGAGAAACUAUUGUAUGUUAGCUUCAGUUUGCCAUAGGUCAACUCCUUUUGACAUGUGUGCACGACAGCGCAGCCGCUUGCUUGGUUGUCAUCCAUCCAAAUUGAGAUAAAGGUUGGCAUGUUGCAAAAGGCAAGGACGAUGGAAUCACAAUUUGAAAAUGUUGCUGCUUGUGAACGCAGCUUUCGAUAGCGCUCUUCUUCCAGUUGUGACAUGCAGAUGGAUUCUGAGAUGUUGUCCUCCCUCCUGUACAUGACACAGUUGGUCGUCCCCUGGUUUAAAAAUGAUUUGAAUACAGUAUGUGCUUGAACAUCACUGUUAUGUGCGUAACUGCUUUGUCCUGUUUUAUGUCCUCUUCCUGCACAGAUUGUCAGCAAUGGGAGUUUUUAAGGAGUCUGAAGACGGCCUCUUUCUGUCCCACUCUUAUUUGACUUAGUGCAGACAACCCCGAUCUACAGCAAAUCGCCAUAUUAAUCGACACAGUUUGGUAGAGUGACUGCAUAAUUGUUCUUUACAGAUCUUUGGAUCUCAGUAUUUAAAUCCUGUUUUUUGAGGAAACAGUUUUGACUAUUGCAUGUUCUUAUUUAAGAAAAAAAAUCUUUUGGGAAAGAAUUAUCUGGAUGUUUUAGACAUUUUGAUAUUUGCAUUUUCAGAUGUUUCCAUUUGUAGAUUGACUACCUAAUUGCACUGGGCUCUGACUAAUUGGUAUCUGAUAAAAUACUGAUUAAAUGACCAUAUUCUUUAUUGUCCAAUGCAAUACUAGGUGGUUAUUUACUGUAUGAGGACAGAGCUUGUCUUUAUACAGUUUUAUAGAGAGACAUGGAAACCUAGCUGGUUCAAUUUUGUUCAGAACCGACGUUAUUUAAUGUUGAGGUGAUAACUUUUUUCACUUUUUCUUCCUGAUACUCGAAACAUGCUAGAACUCUGGUGAUGGUGAAACUAAUUAACUGAUGUAUAUUUUAUGUAGGAGUAGCCUCAGCCCUGAUGCUCUGUAACGGACAGUUAAGGAUAGUGAUAAGUCGUGCUCUCUGGGUUGACACUGAGCUGGUCCGGCCUCUCACUGAAGCCCCGAUCACGCUCCCGUCGCCAUGACACCAGACUCCCGAAAGUUCAAACUGUGAUAGAACUUGACUUUGAUGAAUCAGAAGUGUUUUCUUUCUUUCUUUUUCUUUUUUACAAUCCUUCAGUGAUUGCCCCAGGCACCCCCACCCCCUAGACCCCCCAAGCCUUACAAGGUGGGGAGGAGGUGUGUUUUAUCUGUCAGAGGAGAGCCAACGUGUCUGCAAUAAUAAGUUCUCCAUUAUUCCCUGUGACAGAGGGAGAAGGGAGGGGACAGGGGAGGUGUUUAAAGGCUCGACACUCAGUCGGACUCUCUACAUUGUAUCGUUGCUGAUUAUUGUGUGAUGACCAACCGUUGUCCUGAAGGAUGUUUCCCUGUCUAUUAAAAAAUACAAGAUUUUUUUAUUCCUGA